AUGUAUUGUGAUAGCAAGUCGGCUAUGUACAUCGCAGUAAAUCCAGUCUUCCACGAGCGAACUAAGCAUAUAGAGUCUGAUUGUCAUCAGGUUCGAGAUGCAAUACAGGAUGGGACACUGGAGACAAUUCACGUGCGAACAACGGAACAGGUCACAGACGUGUUGAAUAAGGCACUGAGUAGAGUUCAGUUUGAGUGCCCUGGAAAGCAACACCUAGUGGACUUUGAUAAACAGAGCCCACACGAGUUCAGAAGCGCGGGAGAUAUCAAAAGUCCCCGGAGACUAAGAGAGAGAGACGGAAACCUUCUUCUAAUCACUCUAAAGAUAAUUGUGGUGGGGAAAACUGGGACUGAUAUGCUUACCAAUGAAGCUGGGGAAGUCACUAGCCAUUUGCAAGGGAUGUUUAAUCGAACAAUCCGUCUUCUUGAAGCUGGAAUCAAGCCUGUAUAUGUUUUCGAUGGGAAGCCCCCGGGGUUAAAGAGACAAGAAAUAGCUAAACGGUAUCAGAAGAGAGCAGAUGCAACUGCGGAUUUAACUGGUGCUAUUGAGGCGGGAAACAAGGAGGACAUUGAGAAGUGCAGCAAACGAACUGUGAAGGUGACAAAACAACACAAUGACGACUGCAAAAGACUCCUAAGGCUCAUGGGGGUGCCUGUUGUUGCCACUUCCGAAGCUGAAGCGCAAUGUGCUGCACUUUGCAAAUCAGGAAAGGUGUAUGGUGUGGCUUCUGAAGAUAUGGAUUCCUUAACCUUUAGAGCACCUAAGUUUCUCCGCCACCUGAUGGAUCCUAGCUCCAGAAAGAUCCCUGUCAUGGAAUUUGACGUUGCUAAGAUAUUAGAAGACCUUCAGCUUACCAUGGACCAGUUCAUAGACCUGUGCAUAUUGUCAGGAUGUGACUACUGUGACAGCAUCCGAGGUAUUGGCGGGCAGACUGCUCUAAAGCUUAUUCGCCAGCAUGGAUCCAUUGAGACUAUACUCGAAAAUAUUAACAAAGACAGGUAUCAAAUACCUGAGGAAUGGCCAUACAAUGAAGCUCGUAAACUUUUUAAAGAACCUGAUGUUUUAACAGAUGAAGAGCAGCUUGAUAUCAAGUGGAUCUCUCCAGAUGAAGAUGGUAUAGUCCAGUUUUUGGUGAAUGAAAAUGGAUUCAACAUAGAUAGAGUAACCAAGGCUGUAGAGAAAAUCAAAUCUGCAAAGAACAAGUCCUCCCAGGGAAGGCUGGAGUCGUUUUUCAAGCCAGUUGCUAACUCAUCCAUGCCUGCUAAGAGAAAACAAACCCCAGAGAGUAACACUAAAGGAGCAGCAAAUAAGAAAGCCAAGGGAGGUGGUGGUGGGAGGAAGAAGAAAUAA